CGUCCCGCUGGCUGCCCCUCCCGCCGCCGAGGGUCCGGCCCGUUCCCGCUGCUGGCGGUCCCGGCGUCGCGAGUUCCCGCUCUCCCGCCCCCUCCUUCCCACCCUCCGAGCCGGCUCCGCGCUCUCCUCGGCCUCCCGCUCCCUGCCCACGGCCCCGGCGCGGCAGCCCUAUGGCGUACAGUCAGGGCGGCGGCAAGAAGAAAGUCUGCUACUAUUACGACGGUGAUAUUGGAAAUUAUUACUAUGGACAAGGACAUCCAAUGAAGCCUCAUAGGAUCCGAAUGACUCACAACUUGCUGCUAAACUAUGGCUUAUACAGGAAAAUGGAAAUUUAUCGACCCCACAAAGCAACUGCUGAGGAAAUGACCAAGUACCAUAGUGAUGAAUACAUCAAAUUUCUCCGAUCAAUAAGGCCUGACAAUAUGUCUGAGUACAGCAAGCAAAUGCAGAGAUUUAAUGUUGGAGAAGAUUGUCCUGUAUUUGAUGGCUUGUUUGAGUUUUGUCAGUUGUCAACUGGAGGCUCUGUUGCUGGGGCAGUAAAAUUGAACAGACAACAAACAGACAUGGCUGUCAAUUGGGCUGGGGGACUUCACCAUGCCAAGAAAUCGGAGGCAUCUGGUUUCUGUUAUGUCAAUGAUAUUGUGCUUGCCAUCCUUGAGUUACUGAAGUAUCACCAAAGAGUGUUGUAUAUUGAUAUUGAUAUCCAUCACGGUGAUGGUGUUGAAGAAGCAUUUUAUACCACAGAUCGUGUCAUGACAGUAUCAUUCCAUAAGUAUGGUGAAUAUUUUCCAGGCACAGGAGACCUUAGGGACAUUGGUGCUGGAAAAGGCAAAUACUAUGCUGUCAACUUUCCAAUGAGGGAUGGUAUAGAUGAUGAAUCAUAUGGACAGAUAUUCAAACCAAUUAUAUCUAAAGUUAUGGAGAUGUACCAGCCCAGUGCUGUGGUAUUGCAGUGUGGAGCAGAUUCACUGUCUGGGGACAGGCUGGGAUGCUUUAAUCUUACUGUUAAAGGUCAUGCUAAAUGUGUGGAAGUUGUAAAGACAUUUAACUUGCCAUUGCUGAUGUUAGGAGGAGGAGGCUACACAAUACGUAAUGUUGCUCGGUGCUGGACAUAUGAAACUGCUGUUGCCUUAGAUUGUGAAAUUCCUAAUGAGUUGCCAUACAAUGACUACUUUGAAUAUUUUGGACCAGACUUCAAGCUUCAUAUUAGUCCUUCAAAUAUGACUAAUCAGAAUACACCAGAAUAUAUGGAGAAGAUCAAGCAGCGCUUAUUUGAGAACUUGCGCAUGUUACCUCACGCACCUGGUGUGCAGAUGCAGGCCAUUCCUGAAGAUGCUGUUCAUGAAGACAGUGGAGAUGAGGAUGGAGAAGAUCCAGACAAACGCAUUUCUAUUCGAGCAUCUGAUAAGCGCAUAGCCUGUGAUGAAGAAUUUUCAGAUUCUGAAGAUGAAGGGGAAGGUGGACGACGAAAUGUUGCAGAUCAUAAGAAGGGAGCGAAGAAAGCCAGAAUAGAAGAAGACAAAAAAGAGACUGAAGACAAAAAAGCAGAUGUUAAGGAAGAGGAUAAAACCAAGGACAGCAGUGGUGAAAAGACAGACGCCAAAGGAGCAAAAUCAGAACAGCUCAGCAACCCUUGAACAAAAGAUAGCCUCUCAUCAGUUGCAGAACAUAAUACUAGAGUCUGAGAAUACCUAAAAGGAGAAACGUUUUCGUAUGGAGAGAGACUGCUGAUUUCAUUUUGUACUAUUUGGCAUGGACUGUAUUUAUUUUCAAACGGCUUUGUUCUGUUUUUUGGCAAGUUGUAUUGUGAGUUUUCUAAUUAUGAGGCAGAAAUUCCUUUCUUCACCAUGCUUUAUGUAAUAGUAUUUAAAAAUGGAUGUGAGUUAUUAUGUUAAAUGUCUAAACUGAUCUAUUAAAGUAAUUUGCCUUUCCUGAGCUGAUUUUACCUUUUUUGUAAUUUUAUCUUUAUUAAAAAAAAAAAAAAAAUGUA